GCCAAACUGUUACCCUGAGUGUUACCGUCAGGAGCAAUGACAUCAGGGCUUUAAAACAACUUGUUAUUCGGGGAGUAAUCAGUUGCAAUUAGGCAUUAAUUAAGUAUUAUGAAAGUUGAUUAUUUAAGUGAAUUCGGCUUUCGACUCUCCGACUAUGAGUUUGGGACCAAGGAGAGGAGCAUGGAUCUCGGUACAGCUGAAGGCACCCGGUGCACCGACCCGCCCACAGGCAAGCCCGCGAUGGCGGCCAAGCGCAAAGGCGGCCUGAAGCUCAACGCCAUCUGCGCCAAGCUGAGCCGCCAGGUGGUGGUGGAGAAGGGGGCAGAGGCCGGCGCCCGCACGGAGGGCAGCCCGCUGAGGCCCCAGGACAAAGAGCGCGGUGGCGGCGGCGGCCCCGAGCCGGGGGUGGCCCGGGCCCCCCGCAGCGAGGAGGACAAGAGGCGGGCCGUGAUCGAGAAGUGGGUCAACGGGGAGUACAGCGAGGAGCCGGCGCCCGCUCCCCUGCUGGGGCGCACGGCCCGCGAGGGCCUGGAGCUGCCGCCCGAGGGCGUGUACAUGGUGCAGCCGCGGGGCUGCAGCGACGAGGAGGACCACGGCGAGGAGCCCAAGGACGGCGCGGCCGAGAGGGACGCGGACAGGGCAGCCUCCAAGGACAGCGGGGGCCCCGGCGCCAGGCAGCCCGCAGGAGAGGCCUCCUCGCUGCGGGACUACGCGGCCUCCACCAUGACCGAGUUCCUGGGCAUGUUCGGCUACGACGACCAGAACACGAGGGACGAGCUGGCCAGGAAGAUCAGCUUCGAGAAGCUGCACGCGGGCUCCGCCCCCGAGGUGGCCACCUCCUCCGCGCCGCCCGCCGGGGAGGACGCCCUCAGCAAGCGGGCGCGUUUCUCCAAGUACGAGGAGUACAUCCGGAAGCUCAAGGCGGGCGAGCAGCUCUCCUGGCCGGCCCACGGCACCAAGGCCGAGGAGCGCGCCGGCAAGGACGCCGUGGGCCCCCUGCCCGGCCUGCGGCUGCCCAGCCACGCGGCGCACCUGGAGACCAAGGCCACCAUCCUGCCGCUGCCCUCGCACGGCAGCGUCCCCAUGCAGGGCCUGGUGGCCCGCGCCUCCAAGUACGACUUCUUCAUCCAGAAGCUGAAGACGGGCGAGAGCCUGCGGCCCCAGAACGGCAGCGCCUACAAGAAGCCGUCCAAGUACGACCUGGAGAACGUCAAGUACCUGCACCUCUUCAAGCCCGGGGAGGGCAGCCCCGACAUGGGCGGCGCCAUCGCCUUCAAGACGGGCAAGGUGGGGCGCCCCUCCAAGUACGACGUCCGGGCCAUCCAGAAGCCGGGCCCUGCCAAGGCGCCGCCCGCUCCCAGCCUGGCUCCCGCUCCCCUCGCCGGCGUGCCCAGCGCUCCCAGCGCCGCGGGGCCGGGGCCCGAGCCGCCUGCCUCCCUGCCCUUCAACACUCCCGAGUACCUGAAGUCGACCUUCUCCAAAACGGACUCCAUCACCACGGGGACCGUCUCCACUGUCAAGAACGGAUUGCCCACAGAUAAACCAGCUGUCACCGAAGAUGUAAACAUUUACCAGAAAUAUAUUGCCAGGUUCUCGGGCAGCCAGCACUGCGGCCACAUCCACUGCGCCUACCAGUACCGCGAGCACUACCACUGCCUGGACCCCGAGUGCAACUACCAGAGGUUCACGAGUAAGCAGGACGUGAUCCGGCACUACAACAUGCACAAGAAGCGCGACAACUCGCUGCAGCACGGCUUCAUGCGCUUCAGCCCGCUGGACGACUGCAGCGUCUACUACCACGGCUGCCACCUCAACGGGAAGAGCACCCACUACCACUGCAUGCAGGUUGGCUGUAACAAGGUGUACACGAGCACGUCGGACGUGAUGACGCACGAGAACUUCCACAAGAAGAACACGCAGCUCAUCAACGACGGCUUCCAGCGCUUCCGAGCCACCGAGGACUGCGGCACGGCCGACUGCCAGUUCUACGGGCAGAAGACCACCCACUUCCACUGCAGGCGCCCCGGCUGCACGUUCACCUUCAAGAACAAGUGCGACAUCGAGAAGCACAAGAGCUACCACAUCAAGGACGACGCCUACGCCAAGGACGGCUUCAAGAAGUUCUACAAGUACGAGGAGUGCAAGUACGAGGGCUGCGUGUACAGCAAGGCCACCAACCACUUCCACUGCAUCCGCGCCGGCUGCGGCUUCACCUUCACCUCCACCAGCCAGAUGACCUCGCACAAGCGCAAGCACGAGCGCCGGCACAUCCGCUCGUCCGGCGUGCUGGGGCUGCCGCCCUCGCUGCUGGGCGCCAAGGACACCGAGCAGGAGGAGUCCAGCAACGACGACCUGGUGGACUUCUCUGCCCUGAGCAGCAAGAACUCCAGCCUGAGCGCCUCCCCCACCAGCCAGCAGUCCUCCGCCUCCCUGGCCGCCGCCACCGCCACCGCCGCCGCCGAGGCCGUGCCCGGGGCCGCCAAGCCUCCCAACAGCAAGAUCUCCGGGCUGCUGUCCCAGGGCCUGCCCGGCUCCAUCCCCCUGGCACUGGCCCUCUCCAACUCAGGCCUGCCCACCGCUGCCUCCUACUUCCCCAUCCUCCCGGGCAGGGGCAGCGCCUCCCUGCCUGUGGGCACCCCCGGCCUCAUGGGUGCCCUGUCGUCCGGGGCAGCGGCCUCGGCAGCGCCCGACACACCCACUCUGGCCGCCUCGGGAGCUGGAGACUCAGCCCCCGCCGCCGCCGCCUCUGUCUCGGUGCCCCCCGCCUCCAUCAUGGAGAGGAUCUCCGCGAGCAAGGGCCUCAUCUCGCCCAUGAUGGCCAGGCUGGCCGCGGCCGCCCUCAAGCCCUCUGCCACCUUUGAUCCAGGAAAUGGGCAGCAGGCCACCCCCGCCAGGUUCCCCCCGGCCCCGGUGAAGCAGGAGCCUGGUGAGAACGCUGGUGCCCCGGGUUCCCACGAGGCCUCCCAGGACCGCAGUUUAGACCUGACGGUGAAGGAGCCCAGUAAUGAAUCAAAUGGCCACGCAGUCCCGGCAAAUUCAUCUCUUUUAUCCUCGCUUAUGAAUAAGAUGUCUCAGGGCAACCCCAACCUCGGCAGCCUGUUGAACAUUAAGACGGAAGCAGAGGGGAGUCCUAACGUGGAGUCCUCGCCCUUCCUGGGCAAGGCCGCGAAGGCGCUGGCUCCGGAGAAGCUGCCAGAGCCCUGGAAGGUGUACCUUCGCAGGUUCAGUACCAAGGACUUCUGCGACGCCCAGUGUGACUUCCUUCACAAGGCCCACUUCCACUGCGUGGUGGAGGAGUGCGGGGCGCUUUUCAGCACCCUGGACGGGGCCAUCAAGCACGCCAAUUUCCACUUCCGGACGGAGGGAGGAGCCGCAAAAGGCAAUGCGGAGGCCUCCUUCCCGGCCUCGGCUGCUGAGACCAAACCUUCCUUGGCCCCCUCAUCCCCGCCGGCGCCGCCCGUCACCACGGCCACGGUGUCCUCUCUGGAGGGACCCACUCCCAGCCUGGCCGCGGUGCCCUCCGCCCCCACCCUGCUCGCCUGGAAGCAGCUGGCUUCCACCAUACCCCAGAUGCCUCAGAUUCCAACGUCAGUGCCUCACCUGCCCUCUUCGCCCUUGGCAACGACUUCUCUAGAAAACGCCAAGCCCCAGGUCAAACCCGGAUUCCUCCAGUUCCAGGAGAAGUGAGUCCCUCGAUGACACGGGAGUCCCGUGUCCCCCGCGUGUCUCGGGAGUAGGUGCUGGCAAGGACCGCCGAGGGCGCUGCCGCCCGGCCUGCAGCUAGCCCUGGCCGACCUCGGCCUCUCUGGGACCCGGUCAUCAGGCUAUGUCCUCGUAGCCUAAGAUGCUGCUGCUCUGACCCCUUCCUGUGCCCAGAGCAGGUGGCCAGGGUGGGGGAGAUGGUGGUGGCGGUGGCCGCUGUUCCAGAGGCCAGUGGUGAUGCUGCCAGGACCGACGCAGGGGGCCGGAGUGGCGGGCCUGCCCGCGGGAAGGCUGCUCUCCCUCGGGGCCACCUGUGGGCUCAGCUCACGGCCUGGCUGAGCCUCAGCAGGGCGAGCGAAGCCCUGGGUCCCGGCGGGUGAGGGCUAGGCCCCGCUCCAGGCCACGGCCACCUGCACAGGGUCUGAGCUCCAGGGCGGGAGGGACCUCCUCACUGGACGGUGGUGGCUGCUUGCGGCGAGAACGGUGACUCUGUAUCAUGAUGUGUGCGGCUUCCUGUUCUCAAUAAAAGUAAUAAAUUGGAUGUGA